UUCAAACAACCGAAUAUCCAAAUCCAUGUAUGGAUACAUUAUUUUUUCAAAUAACGAUUAGGAGUUUGAAUUAGAUUGUCCAACUAUGGAUUACAGAGAAGAACAGAAAAGUGAAAUUGAAGCUUUGGAAUCUAUAUACUUUGGCGAUUUUGAAAUAUUAUCCUCCGAGCCAUACAAAUUCUCAAUACCAAUUAAAACAGAGGAGUACGACCCGGAUUCUGAGGAUCAGAGUGGAUUGAGCUGUGAUCUCGUUAUUACUUAUACUCCAAAAUAUCCGGAGGAGCAACCCAUAAUAGAGAUAGAGAAUCCUGAGAAUUUUGAAGAAGGAUAUGAACAUAAUUUGCUCUUGUACCUCAGUCAACAAGUGAGGGAGAAUCUAGGAAUGGUUAUGAUUUUCACUAUAGUUUCUUCCGCGCAAGAGUGGUUGAAUGUAAAGUAUGAGGAUACCAAGAAAGAUAAGGAUGAACGAGCUGCUAGGAAACUGCUAGAAGAAGAGGAGGCAGAGAGGCAACGUUUUGAAGGCACAAGGGUCACAGUAGAGACGUUCAUGAGAUGGAAAAAGAUAUUUGAAGAUGAUAUGGGUAUUACAAAGAAGAGGGAAAUUGCUGAGAAAGAGGGCAAAAAAUUGACCGGGCGAGAGUUGUUCAUGACAGAUAAUACACUCAAUGAGUCUGAUCUCAAAUUCUUAGAUGAGGGGGAUGCUGUUAAAGUAGAUGAGUCAUUGUUCCAAGAUUUGGAUGAUUUGGAUUUGGAUGAUGAAGAUGAUGAAGACUUUGAUCCUAAUAAUUAUGAUAGUGAAUCUUCACAGUAAUGAUAGGUAGGUAGAGAUAUUUUGUUUAUACAUUCAAAUACAUUGUUUUAAUAUAGGUAUA